CAAUAUAAAUGUCAACAGACAUGUAAGCAUGAGGAAGAGACGCAAAACAAUCGAGGACAGAAAACAGGCAGGAGGUUUAUUUCAGAUCCGGAAGACGAACAGUUCACGUGGUGUGAUAAUUCAGUAUGGUGGACAGUGUUUACCGUACACGCUCUCUCGGUAUAGGUGCAGUUGGUCUUCCUGAUCAGUAUGCCGACGGUAAAGCAGCGAAAGUGUGGCAGCUGUACAUCGGAGACACUCGGAGCCGGACAGAGGAGUACAAGAGCUGGGUGUUUUCCCUGCUGAGAAAACAUGGGGUUCAGAGGGUGCUGGAUGUAGCCUGCGGUACAGGGGUGGAUUCCAUCAUGUUGGUAGAGGAGGGAUUCAAGGUGGUUAGUGUGGAUGCCAGUGACAAAAUGCUCAAAUAUGCUCUUAAAGAGAGAUGGGAGAGGAGAAAAGAGCCAGCCUUCGAUAACUGGGUAAUUGAAGAGGCCAACUGGCUAACAUUACACGAAGAUGUUAAGAAACCUGGAGAUGGGUUUGAUGCAGUAAUCUGUCUAGGGAACUCAUUCGCUCAUUUACCAGACUUCAAAGGGGACCAGAGUGAUCAGAAGCUUGCCUUGCAAAACAUAGCCAGCAUGGUGAAACCUGGAGGGAUCCUAAUUAUUGACCACCGUAACUAUGAUUACAUCCUCGAGACUGGUCAAGCACCCCAAGGAAAGAAUAUCUACUAUAAGAGUGACCUGAGGCAGGACAUCUCCACCUCAGUGCUGUGGGUUAAUAACAAGCCUCACAUGAUCACACUGGACUACACUCUAAUACUGCCCCAAGCAGAGGACAUUCAGACUCCGCCUGAUACGAGUAAAUUCCGCCUGUCAUACUACCCCCAUCGUGUGGAGAGUUUUAAGGAGAUUUUAAGAGCAUCAUUUUUUGGAAAAUGCGAGCACAAUGUAUAUGGUGACUUCAAGCAAUACACCCCAGGGCAAGGAGAAGCGCCCUGUUAUUUCAUCCAUGUGGUUAAAAAGACUACUUAAAUCCACUUGAAUUCUGCAAUUCACAUUUCAUCUUCACAUGGAAAACUGUGUUUGUCUGUGCAAAUGCCAUGACUGGGGCUUGCAAAGACAACGCGUCAGGGAAUUCUUUUAGUUAGUUUAGUUUUCUUGGAAAGUGUCAAAUUGAUUUAGGCAUUUCAUACACAGUUUCAUUUGAACUGGUAAAAGGCCCACAUACUCUUAAUUGUAUUGCUUAUUAUUUCCUUUUUUAUUUUAUUUUUAUUUAACUUUUCACAUUACACAUUCUUGUUCUUUAAUUAUUAGAAAGAAUUAUACCA